CAGCGAACCUGAAAACGCACGAAAAUAUGGCGGCCCGCAUCGUCGCGAGUUGGGGCGGCCGCUACCUGAGCGUUUUCCGUGGCCAAGCCAGCGAGGUGCUACGCAGCAAUGCAAGCCGCGUCUCCGAAUCCGAACGGCGCGGGUUCAGGACUUCGUGGAUAUCCCGCAUGUUCAUCCAAACCCAAGAGACGCCGAACCCGAACUGCCUCAAGUUUCUCCCGAACGUAAAAGUGCUCGAGCAGGGCACCAGAGAUUUUCCGACGCUAGCGAGCGCGAAAGACUCGCCGCUGGCCAAGCACCUCUUUCGCGUCGAGGGCGUCAAAGCCGUCUUUUUCGGCCCGGACUUCAUCACGGUUACCAAAGCGGACGACGAGACAGAAUGGCAGGUGCUCAAACCGCACCUGUACGCGGCGAUCAUGGACUUCUUCACGACGGGACUGCCCGUGGUGAACGAAGACGGCACCGAACCCGUGGCCGAAGACACGCGACCCAAAGAGGACGACAGUGAGACCGUCUUGAUGAUCAAGGAGUUGAUCGAGACGCGGAUCCGACCGACGGUUCAGGAGGACGGCGGCGACAUCGUCUACAUGGGCUUCGAAGAUGGCGUCGUCAAACUGAAGCUGCAGGGUUCGUGCACCGGUUGUCCCAGCUCGUCGGUGACGCUCAAGGCCGGGAUUCAGAACAUGCUCCAGUUUUACGUUCCCGAGGUGAAAGACGUCGAGCAAGUCUUGGACGAGGCGGACAAAGUGGCGACCAAAGAGUUUGAGAAGUUGGAAGAUGCGAUACGUCGUAAGGGGGUCGAUCCGUGAUUUGGCAGCGCAAGCGCCCUGCAGAACUGUGUUGGAACUCUAGAGCGAGUUGCUUGUGUAGAAUAAAAGUUGGUGUUUGGUUA